AUCCACUAAGGCAGAAAUUGCCUCUCGCAAUGUAUGCAGUGUGCCCUGCAGCAUCCAGGGUCCCUAGUUUUAUUCUAGCAAAAGGCUAUGACACAAGGAAUUAAAUGCAAAUUAUCUAUAUCAUCUCUGAUCAUUCAGUGCACAUUUAGCUCUGAGAUUCUAAGAGUAGACAGCAAAAGGCAGAAAGCUGGUACCAUUGUUAGCAGCAGUAUUGUUUAAGGUAAUUUUUGUUGGUUUGUUUUGGGUCUUUUUAAUAGAGACAUUUUAUACUACAGCAAACAUUUAAAAUUUUGUAGACCUUAAUGACAAAACAAAGCAGUUUUUAGACAUCUUUUAUCAAAUUCCCUAACAUACCCUUUUUUUUACCUCUGGCACAAAAGAAAAAUGUAACUUCAGACAGAUAUGGAUUGCAUAAUUAAUUUUAAAACCACAUAAACCUUUGCUUCAUCUUCAGAAAGACAGCUCCUCACAAACCUUGCCUUAAGUCUGUGUGUUUAGCUAUUAUCUUGCAGAACUCUCUUCUCCAUGCUGCUUUCCAUUCCCACUUGAUCUGAUUUCACUGCCUGGUAGCAACACAGAAGAGCAUUGCACUACAGGCAGGCUGCCAGGUAAAAGUCAGCAGCUGUUGAGAAUGGGCUCCCUUAAGGUUUAUAUGGCAGAGGAAAAUUAUUAUACAUGAGAAGCAAGAUGGAAAUUGGGAAAAUAAUUGUAAUUAAUACAUAUCCAUUUCAUAGCCUGUUUCACUUGUGGCUUAGUUUUAUCCUCUUAGUUCAAAUUAAAUGGAGAAAGUAUCAUGCAGCUGCCACAUCCACAUACCUUGUUUCUUAGUUCAGUAGCCAGGAAAUAGAAUCAAAAAACAACAGCUGAUUUCUUACAACUAAGGUCCUGCUGAAUGUUUUUAAAGCACAGCUCAUUUUGUUUUCUAGGGAGCCCAACUUCCACUUAGGCAUCUGAGUGUAAGGGUCAGAUCCGUAAGUGCUUGGCUUCUACUGGACACUGCUGUUGUCAAGGCAGGCCUGGCACAUUGCAGAAAUAUUAUCUGGCACCUGACCUACUAAAAGCUGUCAGAAAACAAGGGGAAUUGAGGAUGAGGAAAGCUGGCCAUCUGGCCCAGUAAUAGGGAUCAGCUCAUGGUAGGGACCUUAGGUUUUGGAAUUCGAGGAUAUCUGUGCACCACAUUCAGCUGUCAGCAUGCAUAUAGGGAGCAGGAGGAGAUCUGUGUAGCUCUUUGUGAAGCCUGCAUCAGUUUCCUCAGAUUCAAGCAGGAUUGUUUGACACAGCAAGACAAAGACCCUCUCUCUGCUAGAGGGGGUUAAUGAGUAGAGAUCUUGGUCCUGAGCUUGCAGCUAGUCCGUGUAAUCUUAAGCUGGGGCACAGAAGUGUUUUUCACACAAAGGUUUUAACUUGGGUCGCUGCUAUAGGAUCAACACACAAGUGAAAACUGGAGCUUGUGUGAACACCUUUAUUGCUGCCACUGUUGUGGCUCAGGUGGGGACUGUGACUGCCAAACUUUCUGUGACAUUUUCCAUGCCUUUGUUUCUCACAGAGACAACCCUAUGGCUUCUGACCCCACAACCUCCUCCAGCUGUUUCUAUGGUAGGAAAGGAACAUCUUUCCUACUGAGACUGAGAAGUGUAGAUAGGCGAAAAGGAAUUGUUUAAUAUUUUAAUUGUAAAUAAAUAGUUGUGUCCUUCUCUCAUGGAGCAGGGAGUAGAAGGCAGAUGCCCUCUCCUACAUUAGCUAAGCAGGAACCUAAAAUUGUUGAUGCUUUGAAACAUGUAAGAAACUUUUUUCCUGCCUUUGGGAAUACGUCUGUGGAGAGGAGGUUGGACCAGACAGAAAAUCAGGUCUCUCUCAAAGCACAAACACAGCAGACGAUGUUCUGCACCCCAAAGAGGAUAUUACUCAUUUUUCUACUCUCCCUAGUGUGUGCAGAGGUGACUUUUUCCUGAGCAGUGUAAUUCAGCCAAGGAAUUAGGGGACCACUGAAGCUAGGAAUGUAGAUUUGGAAUCAGGUGUUUCUGGAAGGAAUCUUCAUCAUGAAGAUCUAAGAAAAGGAAGAAGCAACUUCUAUAGCUUUAUAUCACCACAGAUUUUAGACAUUGUUUAAGCAAUGGCUUAGUUCUACACAGAACAUGUAUAAAACUGAUCUCCUUUGCAAGUAUUUAUAUGUUUGCUAAGUAUUUACUACUCAGGUUUAAUAUAGUGGGAUUUCUUAAAGCACUAUAAAAUCCAAUUUUGAUUCUUGGUUUUCCCCUCAAACUUCAUUGUUUUUCUGUCUGAAAUGCCUUACUUAAAGAAAAACAAGAUUUUUUUUUUCCCCUAGAAAGGGAAACAGAUGAAAAUUACAGUACCAACAGCUUCUGAAAACAGAGUGGCUUCUGUGAAGUCAGAACCAUCCUAAUGGAAAGAAAACAGCCUGAACAGAAAAGUUGGAUUCAAAUCCUCCAGAUAAGAUCAAAUUUCACCUCUGCAGAAGUAAGAAAUUUUUUAUCUAUAUUGGAAUUCUCAGGUUCCCAGUCUUACAAACAGAAGGUGGGAAGGAGGUCAGUGUCUUCCCUCUUUUCGAGAUCCUUCAGCUUAGUUUUUGCAUGAAUUGCAGUAUUUGACCUGAUCUAAUAUGCUCCUGACUGUUUUUAACCUCUGUGGUUAUUUCACUGCCCAGGGAAAACAGCCUGUGUUUUCCCUGUGUGACAGUCAGUGUGAUUGCAAACAACCCAGGCAGCAGAGGAAGACUGAAAGAGUUCCAGAAGUGCGUGUGUGAUUGUUGUUUUCCUUGAGGCUCUCUGAGUUGCAGAACCAGGAUAAGAGCUCUGAGAUCUUGAGUUCAGUUACUGAUGAGGUGAAGCCAGGGUUAAAUCAUAAAUGCUUGUGACCGUGGCUGGCUUCCAGACCCCUUUUCCAGGGGUAGCUAUUUCCUUGUGUGAAGCAGGAGAUACCUCCAGAUGGGGUGAUGCUCCCCUGCACCACCUCACCCACCCUGUCCCGAGCCAGGAGCUGGGACACCAGCAGGUGGAGUCCCAGCACUACUUUCCCAAUAGGAAGGGUGGGUGGAGAAAGGACUGAUGGGCUUCAGACCCCCUGUGAGUCCUCCUGCAGGGGCCUGGGAGUCACCUUCAGGUGAGCCUCACCCUUAAACGACAUGGGCUGCAGAAGAACAGAACCUCAGGUGAAAAUCUGUUUGAUUCAUCUCAUGAGGCUGAAUCAUGAGGCCAGCUCUGCUGGCCACCAGAGAAGACAGGACACCCAUUUUUUGCCCUUCAGGAGAAGAUGGUAUGAGGGAAGGAGGCCUCCCUGAGUGGUUUGGGUUGGAAGGAACCUUAAAGACCAGCUAGUUCUAAUCCCUCCGGUGAGAGAUGCCACUCACUAGACCAGGUUGCUCAGAAAAUUAUUAAUUAAGCAAUGCUCAAAGAAUGAUUAAUGUAUAUUCAUAUAUUCAGUGUAUAUCCCAAGAGCUCACUGCUGGCUCACAGUUUUUGUAGCUCAGAUCUUCAUUACAGCUGGCAGGUGGAAAGUAAACUUCUUCACUCCCGAGAACUAAGCUACCUUCUAGUUUUUCUUCAUCUCCUUUUCCCACUGUGGUCCUCGCUUUCAUAUUUGGAAUCUGGCUCAGAUACAGUGCCCACAGUGAUGCUCACAUGAAAAGGAGACUUAGCAGUAUGACACUGUGAGUUGUAGAAUAUGAUUCUGCAUUUGUGUAUUCCCUUAGUGCUUGUGGCAGGUUAGCUGGAAAGCCCAGGACUUUGGAUGAAUAAAUGGAUUUAAAUGCCAGGUCUUUGCAUCUGCUAGAUUUCAGGUCUUCAUGUCCUGAAUUCUUAUGAUUUGGAUCUCACAGCUGAAAGAUAGCCAUCACCUUUAAGGCCUUUACAAGGUCCACUGAUGCAAUGCAGUGUCUGUGAAACAGGAUUGUUUCACAAUUGUUUGAAAAAGAAAAAUAAAAACCUGUAUGGGUGCAGAUUCUCAUGCAUCAACAUGUAAAUUUGUUAUCCCUAUUUAAUUACUCUAAAUCUUUUUUUGAAUCACAGGAGAGCACAAUGCUGAUACCACAGUCUACUUAAGGAUGGUUUGAGAUCUCAUGGCAUGAAGUGCCUGUCCUCUAUCAAAUAUUUGGAAUAACUCUUAUAUAUUUUCUAUUAAUCUUGUUAAAAGGCCUUUCAUAGAAUGUUGUCACAUUCCCAUAUAGCAAUAGGAAAAGUUUCUCGUAAUGGUAAAACCAGCAAAUCUGUGACUGCAGUAAUGAAGGCCGUUUUGAAGUUCCCCCAGUCAGAUGCUGCUCUGUCUCCUCCAAGUCGUUUCUUGUACAAGUUCCAUUUUUCUGAGACUGAGGAGAAAAGCCAUGAUUUCUUUCUGCCCAUCCAACAUUGCUUAAGCUCCUUCACAUGACAGUGCAGAGGAGAACAAAGAGUAACAUUUUGUCCUAGGAGCACCACUUCAUGAUUAGAACUUGCUGAAGGCAGAAGGUUAAAAGUCAGAGAAGUUCUCCAUUGAACACCUCGUGCAGUCAGUCAGCUCGGUUGGGGGGUAUGGAUAACUCAGUUCAGAAGGAGAGGGAAUAGGAAAUUAAAGGGAGAACGAAACAGCAGAUUAAAAAGGGAGAUUAGUGGCACAACAGAAUUUAUUUGAACAGCCUAAUUACCCUGAUUUUAUGUAAGCUUCUGACAGCCAGGCUGUGAGGUGUUCAUAGCAGCCAGAGAAGCAGAACAGAAAAGCCAAAUGUGACCAACUCUAACUUUUGCAAAGGUGGAUGUUUUUUUAAAGUGCAUGUCUAUAAAAAAAAAAUAUAUAUUGAUAUGAAUGUUUCCGUUUUAAAUAAAAGGCAUAUACUGUUAAAUUGCAAACUUUUAAGUAAGAAAUAUGAGUUAGUGGCUCAACUGCAACAUCUUGCUAUGCCCAUGUAUUUCACAGGGUAUGGCAAGGAGGAGACAUGUGAAAGAGACAGGCACACAGACACACAUUACACUUAGCGUGUACGCGGGCCCUUGGUGAAGUAAAUUGGUGUCUUUGUUAUCUGGCUUCACACUCUAGGGAGGAAAGUGAAAAAGCAGGUGCUUGGAACUGUGUGAGCAACAGAAGGGAAGCAUGUGUCAUUCCAAAAAAGGCUUGGACAACUUGUGCAGGUUUGGCAGCCACUGCCCCAGUGAGGAAUCCAGGGAGGAAGAUGCACUGGAAGUGAAGUACUGAGGGAUGAACAGCACAGGAGUGCCCUCCUUCUGCAGCAGUUAUGUUACACCAAGCCUGGCAGCUCUGUGGGAGGUGGUGCCGCUGGUCCAGUCCUGUUGUCCAUCUUCUCAUGCUGACUGUGGUGACAUUCGGAGUGGUUGCCCCUUUGAUUUGCCACCGGCUCCUCCACUCCUAUUUCUAUUUGCGGCGCUGGCACCUGAACUCCAUGAGCCAGGAGUUCCUGGAGCACAACCAGCAGGAGGGACAGGAUGCCCUCCAUUACUUUGAGAAGAUGCAGAUACCAAAUGCCUCUGAGGCCUCUGGCAGCGAUGCCUUCCAGCCCUUGCUGCUGAUCACCAUUAUCACUGUGCAGAGGCGGUAUGAUUUCCACUAUGUCCUGCAAGUGGCCUCCCGCUUCCACCACCUCCUCCAGGAAUGUGGUGCAUACUGCCAGAGCCACCGCGUGCUCCUCUGCAACGUGGAGUCAGACCCCAGUAGCCAUCAGGAUGUCAGGCUGCUGAGCAGCUUCUUUCCUAUGGUCAGUCGUGACAGAACUGGAGAGAACCCUGACCCCAGAUUGAACCAGUUCGAGAAGGAGAAGCAGGACUAUGUCUUCUGCCUUGAGCAGUCCCUGUUAUCAUACAACCCACAGUACAUCCUUGUAGUGGAAGAUGAUGCUGUGCCAGAGAAGGAGAUAUUCUCUGUCCUGCAGCACCUCUUCUUGGCCCGGUUCUCCAAGCCGUACCUCAGAGAUGCUCUCUACUUCAAGCUUUACCAUCCUGAGCGGCUCCAGCGCUACUUCAACCCUGAGCCCAUGAGGAUCCUGGAGUGGCUGGGCCUGGGCAUGUUGCUGGGGCCGGUGCUGAGCUGUGUGUACUCGUGGGUGCUGGGGCGGCCCAGCCCCAGCUGGCUGCUCGCGCUGUUCUUUGCCCUGUACAGCAUGACCCUGUCAGAGCUGGUGGGGCGGCACUACCUGCUGGAGCUGCGCCGCCUGCACCCUGCGCUCUACAACGUGGUGCCAGUCACCGAGUGCUGCACCCCAGCUAUGCUCUUCCCUGCUCCCUCUGCCCGGCGUGCCUUAGGUUACCUGCAGGAGCUGCACUGCCGGCAGGGAUUUGCUAAGGACACUGCCCUCUACUCCCUGCUGUGGGCCAAGGGGGAGAAUGCCUAUGUGGUGGAACCCAACCUGGUCCGGCAUGUGGGAAUGUAUUCCAGCCUCCGACUGAACAGCAGCCCGAAGCUGCUGUGA